UGAAACACGCGCACUGCUGAGCUUCACCUGAGCGCUCAGAGCGGAACACAACCAGCAAACCAUGCCGGUUCGCUGCAUGAUGCGCUGCCACAGGUUGCUGCUUUUACGCUCUUCUCGGAGGUAACCUGUCAGCCUGCAUGCAUCACCAUGGACCUCCUUGCUCUGCUGAUAUGGACUGUACCCAUCCCGCUGGCCGGCUGCAGCCACCUCAAACUUCUCUCCACCUUCCUGACUUGGAACCUCAUCAAGACUCUGCACAUUUGUUGCACACACGCCUCCCUCUCCGUUACGGCCAGCUACUCUUCCAGCCAUAUCCACGGAUUAAAUCAUGAUUACGUAUUUGUGACGCCGGUGGAGGUGGACUCAGACGGCGUGUACCUGACGCACGACGUGACCAGGCGAAGCCGCCGCAGCAGGAGGUCCCUGUCUCCUUCCUUGCACUAUCAGCUCUCUGCCUUUGGGCAGGACAUGCAGCUGGACCUGCUUCCAUCAUCUGUGGUCGGGCCGGGGUUCACCGUGCAGAAGCUCAGCUCGGACGGCAUCGCCACGGUGACGGGAGAUGAGGAGAUUCACCACUGCUUGUAUCAAGGAUUUAUUCGCAACCUGUCAGCCUCCUCGGCCGCCAUAUCAACAUGUUCUGGACUGGCGGGUCUGAUCCGUGUUUCCAAUGAGGAGUAUCUGAUCGCUCCGCUACCUCAACACCUGGCCAGCCGGCACAACUACAGCAGCCCCGAUGGUCAUCACCCGCAUGUGGUCUACAAGCGCUCAGCAGAGCACAUCGUUCAUGGAAGAUUCAGCAACCCAGCAAGUUCCUCUCCAUCUCAGAAUCCCUACCUCUACCAUCAGCAUCGGCCCCAGAGACACCACGACUACCAACACGGAAAGUUGCAGCGGCAACACUUCUGCGGGCGCCGCAAGCAAUAUGGCACCAUUGGAACAGACAUCAACAUCGUUGUGGUCAGCCUGCUGCUGCUGGAACAGGACCCUCUGGGCUUGAAUAUAAAUCACAACGCCGACCAGUCCCUCAACAGUUUCUGUCAGUGGCAGUCGGGUCUGGUGGGAAAAGGAGGUAAACGGCACGACCACGCAGUUCUUCUCACCGGACUUGACAUUUGCUCCUGGAAGAACGAGCCCUGUGACACCCUGGGUAGGACGUUCUCAGCCUAA